AUGGCGGCACAAUCAACCCUCCGCCACUCGGCGGCCGAGGCAGCCAUCGCCGCCUUCCUCGACAAGUACACAGAGCUGAUCAGCACUCGCCUACGCAAGACAUCACGCACGACCAGGUUGCUGGGGACUCUGGCCCUCGCCGCUUCAAUCGUACUCGCCGGCGCGGGCGGCAGGCGAUGGUGGAGACGGCGGCGCCAGGAGCGCGAGACGGGCCGCAAGCUCGUCCGCACCAACAGUUGGCUGUCGAACAAGGACGGAUCGCGCACAAUAUACGUCCCCUACAAGGACGGCACGUCAAAGGUGGUCAUCCAGCGCACCAAGCCCUUAACGUUUGAGGCACACAGGAGGCUUUUUUUGAACCCGCCCAGGGUCUCGGGCCUGGCCGAUGGCUCUGUCCCGGCUGCCCAGACCAAGCCCGGUCUGAACUUGGCCUUCCUCCACCAGUUUCUGAGCCUCAUGAGCAUCAUGAUCCCGCGCUGGUCCAGCAAGGAGGCCGGUCUCCUGGUCAGCCAUGCCAUGUUUCUGAUGCUGCGGACGUAUCUGUCGCUGAUCGUUGCGCGCCUCGACGGUGAGAUUGUGAGGGAUCUGGUUGCUGGAAAUGGAAAACAGUUCCUCUGGGGGAUCGUCAAGUGGUGCGGGCUGGGAGGCUUUGCGUCAUACACAAAUGCCAUGAUCAAGUUCCUCGAGUCAAAGGUCUCGAUUGCAUUCCGGACGAGGUUAACCCGGUACAUUCAUGAUUUAUAUCUGAACGACAACCUCAACUACUACAAACUACCCAACCUUGACGGCGGAGUGGGCCAUGGCGCAGAUCAGUACAUCACACAGGAUCUCACAUUGUUCUGCGCAGCUGCGGCAAAUCUUUACUCGUCACUAGGAAAGCCGCUUGUCGACAUUUGUCUCUUCAACUACCAACUCUACCGCUCGUUAGGUCCCGUUGCCCUGACGGGUCUGUUGAGCAACUACUUCCUGACGGCCACGAUUCUACGCAAGCUGUCGCCGCCUUUUGGUAAGCUCAAGGCCGUCGAGGGUCGCAAGGAGGGCGACUUUAGGACCCUGCACGCACGGCUUAUUGCCAAUGCCGAGGAGAUUGCCUUUUAUGGUGGCGCCGACAUGGAAAAGCACUUCCUUAACCGCGAGUUCAAGUCGCUCAAGAACUGGAUGGAGGGCAUCUACAUGCUCAAGAUCAAGUACAACAUCCUCGAGGACUUUAUCCUCAAGUACAGCUGGUCCGCUUACGGCUACCUGUUGUCGUCCCUGCCCGUCUUCCUUCCCGCGUGGGGUGGUCUUGGCGGCGCGGCCGAGAUGGCUGCCGGCGGCGAGGAAGGGCACAGGGAGCGCGGGCGCAUGGGUGCCUUUAUCACCAACAAGCGCCUCAUGUUGUCGCUGGCUGACGCCGGCGGCAGGAUGAUGUACUCGAUCAAGGACCUCUCGGAGCUUGCUGGCUACACGAGCAGGGUCUACAGCCUGAUCUCGACACUGCACCGCGUGCACGCCAACGCCUACUACCCACGCGGCCGCAUCAACGAGCUGUACUCGCUAUCGGACGUUCAGGGAACCAUGCAAAAGGGCUUCGAUGGCGUGCGUCUCGAGCACGUCCCUGUUGUCGCACCUGCGUUGUGGCCGCAGGGUGGCGAGGAACUCAUCGAGUCUCUGUCACUUGUUGUGAGGCGCGGAGAACACUUGCUGAUCUCCGGAGCCAACGGUGUUGGCAAGUCGGCCAUCUCGCGCAUCCUGGCCGGGCUCUGGCCCGUCUACCGCGGUUUGGUCAGCCGGCCGAAGAACACGGGCGAGGACGGCAUCAUGUUCCUCCCGCAGCGGCCGUACCUGUCCAUCGGAACCCUCCGCGAUCAGGUCAUCUACCCGGAUGGCGAGGUCGACAUGCGCAGCAAGGGCAGGAACGAGGCGCAUCUGAAGCGCGUCCUCGACGAGGCCAAGCUGGGAUACCUCCCCGACCGCGAAGGCGGAUGGGACACGCGCAAGGAGUGGAAGGACGUCUUGUCUGGUGGCGAGAAGCAGCGCGUCGGCUUCGCCCGGCUGCUGUACCACGAGCCGCAGUAUGCCUUUAUCGACGAGGGUACCAGCGCCGUCUCGAACGAUGUCGAGGGCUAUCUCUACGAGAUGUGCAAGGAGAAGGGAAUAACACUUGUGACUAUUUCCACCAGGGCGUCACUCAAGAAGUAUCACACCUUUAACCUUGUGCUCGGUCUCGGCGACAAUGGCGACGAGUGGACGCUCGAACGCAUCGGCACUGAGCGCGAGAAGAUGAACGUGGAGAGGGAACUGCACGAGCUGCGGGAACGACUCGAGCAGGUCGAGGAGUGGAAGCAACGCCACCAGGAGGUGGAGCAGGAGCUGGCCCGCGUCUGGGUCGAUGGUGGUGACGUCUUGAGCCCACCGCCGUACGUACAAGGGGAGGAGAAGCAGCCCGCGGAGACGGAGAAGACGAGCAGCGACGAUGGAUUGUCGUCAUCUGGCGUGCAGGUGAUCGUCACCACGCUGCCGAGCCUGCUGCCCAUAAUCUACGAGCAAGACGACGUGGUGCCGCCUGCGAUCCCGCGGCUUGUUACGCCGACCAUCCCGCCGAGGUCGUAUCGCCGAGGCGGCGCAGAGGUAGACGGUUUGUGGUUCGACGGCAACGCCUUUGCCGCCAUCGCCGACUACUUGGACAACCAAAAGCAAGGGCUGCUGUCGCCCGACUACGCGAGAUCGGUCUACUCGGCCAAGUCGAACUACGGCGGCGUCAUCAUGGACGAGGCCCCGCCUCCCCGGCCCUACGAGGACUACGCCGACGAGCCGCCGAGGGUGCGGUUCCUGGACAGAUGGGGCUGGAAGAAGUUGUUGUUUGCAGUGGUUGGCUUCAUCUUGUUCUUAUUGGUGUUAGGCUUGGGAACUGGUUUGGGGUUGCGCAAUAGGACUUCCACGACAGCAGGUCAACAAGGCGGGGGCCAGUCUUCUGGACUUCCGCCCAGCGCUUCACCUACAUCUGCCCCUAGGCCUUCGCAGUCGCCACAGCCAUCGCCCCCAGCGACUACACCUCCGAAACGAUUUCCGGCAGGGACGUACAGCUUCACGGCGGCGUUGAUGUCGGUCCAGAGCAGCUGCACGUCAGACCCGGCCGUGUUCGGCUGCUAUCCCUUCACUACGUACAGCUCAUCCACGGUCAGCCAGUCGGCGGCGACGUUCGAGUGGACCAUCGAGCCGGCCGCCACCGACGGCGGCAGUAGCAGCAGCUCGUCCUACCAGCUGUCGUCGGCGGCAGGUAGCGUGAGCAACGCGACUUUGUUGCCGCAGUUCUCCAACCUGCCCAUGACGCUCCUCGAGGCCGACACGGACACGGAGCGGUACACGUUCAACCUGACCAUUGCCAAGGAGUACGUCGUGCCCAGCGGCACGCCCACGGUGCUGCCCGGCACGGCCGACUGUUGGUACAACAGCACCGUCGUCACAGUGGAGCUUUGGACGCGGCAGAGGGCGACCUACCCGUCGAAUAUCACGGAUGUGCCGUUGCCUAAUAACGGCGGAACCGGGUCGGCAACGGCGGCAGUCUCGCCUUGGCCGUACAAGUUCGCCAUGAGUCAGGUCCAAGGUGCCAGCCAAAGCGUGCCCGAGUGCCGCAAUUCUGAGGGGAAAGUGCUCGGGCCGACGAUUAACGGAGUGGGCGAUUGCAAAUGUUCAUACAAGAAUUUUGAUAAUUGA